GGCGGGCGGGCGGGAUUGCGGCGGUUGCUGUCGGUGGCGGGCCGGGCCGGACCGGACCGGACGCGGCUGAUGGGCGGCGUGUGCCGGGAGGUGCUGACGCUGCAGCUCGGCCACUACACCAACUUCGUGGGCACCCACUGGUGGAACAUCCAGGAUGCUGCCUUGUGCUAUGAUUUGGAUCACAGUGACCCACACUCCGAGAUCAACAAUAAUGUCCUGUUCCGGGAGGGGCAGACACUGCGGGGCCAGCCCACCUACACCCCUCGUCUCAUUCUCCUGGAUCUCAAAGGGAGUCUGAGCAGCUUGAAGCAGGAAGGAGAUCUGUAUGGUGUCAGCCAAGUCGAGCCUGCACUAACAUGGAAAGGGAGUCUUACUGUGCACAGAGAGGACCCAGUGGCAAAGAACCAGUUUCUCCAGCAACUCAACAGGCUGGGCGGUGAGGCACACAGUGGAAAUGUCACCUCGACAGCGUCCCAGAGAGAAGAAAGGUCUGUGGCCGAGAGACCCCUCGACCUGUCCCAGGGUGCCCAGCGAUUGGAGAACAGCGUGAGAGUCUGGUCGGACUACCUUGGGGUGCACCUGCACCCAAAGACCAUCUCCCUCAUCCAGCAGUACAACCACAGCAGCACUUCCAAUCGGUUCGAAGCAUUUGGCUUUGGUGAGAAGCUCAUGCGUGACCCUGCAUUCCUGGACGAUUUUGAAGACCGGCUCCACUUUUACAUUGAGGAGUGCGACUACCUGCAGGGCUUCCACGUGCUGUGUGACCUACAGGAUGGGUUUGCUGGGCUCUCCUCCAAAGUGGUGGAGCUGCUGAACGAUGAAUACGGAGGCAAAGCCAUAUUCACCUGCGGCUUUGCGCCUACAACCUACUCGGACACGGGCCCCGGGGCCACCGUCUACCGGCUGCUGAACUCCAUCAUGGGCAUCGUGCACCUGUCCAGCCACAGCUCUGUCUUCUGCCCCAUGUCCCUGGACCGUGGCUUCCUGGAACUUAAGCAAGGUUCUCCUGUCUCUUUCCCGCAUGUGAUCUAUGACGCAUCUCUCAGUUACCACAGCAGCGCACUGCUGGCAACGGCCCUGGAGACACUGAGCAUCCCCUAUCGGCUGCAGUCCAACGCCACGUCCCUCACCCAGCUGACCGACUCACUCUCGGUCUCCGGCAGGAAGGUGGUCACCGCAUCCGCCGCAGUUCCCUUCGCCGUGAGGGACACCGAAGCUCUCCCGGAUGUGCUGGCGGAACAACGUGGCGCGUUGCCGUGGACACUGCUGUCCUCCUGCGGCGAAGUGAAGGACGCCCGGUGCUUCGCCCAGUCUGUGGUGUCGCGAGGGAUCGGCAGGGAGCAACAAGUCAGUAACCUUCCACCGGGGGUGAAAGGACCUUCUGUUUUACACAGCUGUCCGACAGGGGAGGAUGUGCUCAACACGUUCCUACACAGCCACUUCCCAGCUGCAAUGAGUGCUGUUCAUCUGGUCCAAACCCCGUGUAAAGUGACUACCCCGUACCCACAGUUCUUCUCGGGCUCCUUCAACAAACGGGGGCAGCUGACAGGAGGUCGAGUGCCCUCAGUGAGCGCCAUGGAGAGUAUCCCCGUGCUGACUGCCCUGCAGAGCACCGCGGCCACCUACAGCGUCCUGCACACCCUGCACCGCCAGGUCAGUCGCCUCAACCUGCAGCGGUUCGGCACCUUCUUUGCCGCAGGCACGGAGCUGGAUGACUUCAGAGAGGUUCUGGAGGAGCUGAGGACCCUGGCCCAGUGCUACAGAACGAACUUUGAGCUGGACGACGACUCUGACGAGGAAUAAAGACUCCUGUAAGCACCGCUGGCUCGCAGUAAUGGUGACCCAGGGCUGUGUGUGUGCUCCUAAACAGAUCGGGAGUCUCGUCCUGUAAAUAUAAUGGAGGAUCGAGGUGGGUGGGGGGUGGCUCCUGCCUCCCACCUGCUUGUUGGGGAGUUAGUGCAACGUAUGUCCCCUUUCCCAGUCACGGAACUGGAAUCCUGUUGGAUUUGAAGCUCCCUGGCACAGAGCAACUAACUUUGUUCCCGUUCAAAGUGCACAAGCCCCAAACCGUGCACACGUGUAGUUAGAGGUGGCAGGCGAUCACUGCCCUUCUUUGCAGCCUUGUAAAUCCACUUCCGUGUCUUGCUGAAACCAGAGGUGCGAUGGCUGUUGGGACCCGUUCAGUGGGGGAAGGACCAUGUGCUGCCUGUGGGGAGGUGGCAGGGAGCCUGUGUAAGAGCACUUGCUGGCCGGCUAAACAAUGUUUUUCUCCUGUCUGCCCUCAGAGCAAAGAAGCUGUUGCUGUAGGUUUGUUGAAGUAUUUAAUGCUGUUCUAACAAUUAAACAACAUUGCCUCCAGCUGUCCCAAGCUUAAAAAGUCCAAA